CACCUUUCAAGCCAUGGCUGCAAGCCCGGCAAAGCCGAAGAAGAAGAGGUCGUAGUUGAAGCAGGAGAAAACAUGGUUGCCGACACAGAUAUCCGCGUGGUUCACCGAGGUGGCAAUAAAAUCAAUUUUAGAUCGCCUGUCAUUACCCAUGACUCCAAGUUCCUCCUGUGUGCGUCUGGCGAGUGUGUGAAGGUGUACAGCACGGCCACGGAAGAAUGUAUUCAUCAGCUUCGUGGACACACGGAUCUGGUCACGGGUGUGGUGCUCAAACCCACCAACCACCUCCAGGUCUACUCUUGUUCAGUAGAUGGCACUGUCAAGCUUUGGGACUUUACAGAUGGAAUCCUCAUUAAGUCUUAUGUUGUUGGAUAUCCCAUGUACUCCAUCUAUGCUUCUGCAAACCACGAGGGAGUCUUCUUCGUAGUCACCCGAACAAAAACCGACAAAAUAACUGAGCAUUGUCAACUCGUGGCGGUACAUCUUCCUCAGAGUUCAGAUCAGCUGGCAGAGUCCCUGGAGUGUUCUGCUGUGCUUGCAAAUGUCAGUUCGAACCCACAAUCCAUCGCCUUUGGAAGAGGGGCGGAGUACAUUGCUUCAGCCAAAGCUUUUGAUUUGGAUGUCUUUUUCUUCAAGAACCAGAAGUCACACAGGCUUAGCCUGAGCAAACACAACAAGAAGGGUGCCAAGAACUCCUUUACAUGCCUUGUCUGUCACCCAAAAGAAGACUGCAUUGCCUCCGGACAUGAGGAUGGAAAAAUUCGCUUGUGGAGAAACUUCAACCAAAAGGAAUAUACAUGUUCCACCUUACACUGGCACCACAGUGCUGUCAACUCGCUAUGCUUCACCCCAGAAGGUACCAAUCUGCUGAGUGGAGGUGUGGAGUCUGUACUCGUCCAGUGGCAAUACGGCCAGGAGAGCCAGCGGGACUUUCUUCCCCGACUCGGUGGAGCAAUUACCCAUGUCACUGUUUCCCCUGAUGGGUCCCUGUUCUGUACCUCACAUGCAGAUAACAAAAUUACGAUCAUCCAGAGCUGUGUAAAAGUGUGUGCUGUAAUUCAGGGUCUAGUCAAAGGACAAAGUGUCUCCACCGGCUUGAUGGUAGACCCUCGCAGCAAAUCAUUAGUACUAAAUGGAAAACCUGGCCACCUGCAGUUUUAUUCCCUUCAGAGAGAGAAGCUUAUUUUUAAUUUGGACAUUGUGCAGCAAGAGUACCUUUGCGAUUCAGGAUUGGAGCAGUUUGAGGUGGUAAAGGCAGCUUUUGAUGCAUCUGGAAACUGGCUUGCAACUGUUGAAGAGAGAAAACAAAAAACUGCAGACCUGGAACAUAAUUUGAAACUGUGGUCAUUUGAUGAACAAAUACAAAGUUUUGUGCUGAACACCACCAUCUCAGCCCCCCACGAGGCUGAGAUUACAGCCAUGUGCUUUUGUUCCGCCGGAGACAACCCCACGGCCACGCUGGUUUCCACAAGCAAGGACGGCCACUUCAAAGCCUGGCAGCAGGUUAUGGCCACCCACUCAGAAGAUGAGGGUUCAUCAUGGGCCUGCGAUUUUGUUGGAGGUUAUCACAGCCUGAUACCUAAGUGCUGCUGUUUCUCAGCUGAUGGCUCUUUGCUUGCCGUCAGCUUCCAAGAGGUAGUGACUGUUUGGAGCCCUGCCUCCUGGGACCUCCUAACAACUCUGUCCCAGCCACCAGGUGAUAUCAGGUAUCUUUGUUUUGGGCGACUAAGCUGCUCCAAAUAUUUGCUGGCAACGACCGAGAAGAACCUGCUCUGCUGUUGGAAUCUCCUCACUUGCUCAUUGGAGUGGAGCACCUCCAUGGAAAUCAGCUUGCUGCUGGCUGACCCACUGUCUGAGAACAUGGCUGCUUUCUGCAGUCAAGAUGAAUGCACCGACUUGUUUGUCUUUAAGCCCAGUGAGCCAAGGCCGCUGUUUUGCCAGAAGGCAGUGUGUCCGCACAAGGUAGUGGCAGCUGUCUUUACCCCGAGGGAGAAGAUGCAAGAAAACUGUGAGGAGAGCUGCCAGUGGCUAAACCAAUCCCAGCUGUACUUCCUUACCCAGCACAUGGACCUCAAGACAUUUUUCACCAAGACAGAGGAGAACCAACUGAUGGCAUCUAACAAACCGCUUGUGAUCGAUGACUCUGUCGCCAUGACCCCGUUUCACCUGUUGCUGGGCAGCCAUCGACAAGAGCAAGACAAUCCAAGGCCUUUGAGCAGUGAGGCUGCCGAGAGAACUCAGCCUCCUCAGAGCUCUGCUGCUGUCAAGGAGCUUCUGCAGACCCCAGCCCACGUCCUCCCCUCGACGCCUUUCCUCUGCUCCAUGUUUGUACAGUCCCUGCUCAUCUCUGUCACUGACUCCAGAGAAGAAAAGCAUGCAGAUGAGGAAAUGGAAAGCGAGAAAGAGGAAGAGGACUCGGAGGAGGAAAUGGAAUCCGGAGUCUCGAGACCCAAGCAGGCGUCGGUGGAAGGUGAGGCAGCACAAUCUGCAGCCCCCCCUCUAACGAGAGCACAGGCCAAAGAACUGAGGAGAGUGAAAAAACUUGACCACAGCUGGCUGAGCAGCAUUCUGGACUGCUAACAACCAUUAGACUGUCACUGCUGGACUUAAUUAUUCCCUUCCCAACAUUUGGUUAUCAUUAUUUGGACUGCGAACAUUAAAUUGCGUGAACUGAAAAACAGAAAUGAGAACGUCACAAUGAGUAUUUGUCAUUUUUAUUGAUUUAUUUUGCAAUAAAUAUUUGUGUUUUUUUCAUA